AGGCGUUAACCCCGCGGAGGCAGUGGCAAGAUGGCAUCCUUGGAUCGGGUGAAGGUACUGGUGUUAGGAGAUUCAGGUGUUGGGAAAUCGUCACUUGUUCAUCUUCUAUGCCAAAAUCAGGUGCUGGGAAAUCCAUCAUGGACUGUGGGCUGCUCAGUGGAUGUCAGAGUUCAUGACUACAAAGAAGGAACCCCAGAAGAGAAGACCUACUAUAUAGAAUUAUGGGAUGUUGGAGGAUCUGUGGGCAGUGCCAGCAGUGUGAAAAGCACAAGAGCAGUAUUCUACAACUCUGUAAAUGGUAUUAUUUUAGUACACGACUUAACAAAUAAGAAGUCAUCCCAAAACUUGUAUCGUUGGUCAUCAGAAGCUCUCAACAGGGAUUUGGUGCCAACUGGAGUCUUGGUGACAAAUGGGGAUUAUGAUCGAGAACAGUUUGCUGAUAACCAAAUCCCACUGUUGGUAAUAGGGACUAAACUGGACCAGAUUCAUGAAACCAAGCGCCAUGAAGUUUUAACUAGGACUGCUUUCCUGGCUGAGGAUUUCAUUGCAGAAGAGAUUAAUUUGGAUUGCACAAAUCCACGGUACUUAGCAGCAGGUUCCUCCAAUGCUGUCAAGCUCAGUAGGUUUUUUGAUAAGGUUAUAGAGAAGAGAUACUUUUUAAGAGAAGGUAAUCAGAUUCCAGGUUUUCCUGAUCGAAAAAGAUUUGGGGGAGGAACAUUAAAGAACCUUCAUUAUGACUGAAUUACAUUCCUUCUUUGGAAGAGCGAGCAAGCAGUGGCAGUUUUUCACAGCUUUCCUUUUGCUGUGUUUGAUUGUUAAUGUCUUUUAACAAGAUCAUCUUAAAAUACUGCCUUUCAGCCUCUUCCUUUAAUGAAAAUGAAAGAAGGGACAACAUGGACAGUCCACACUUUGUCCCCGUUUUCUCUGUUCCUCACCUUUCUGUCCCUGUUUAUGGAUUAUGUAAAAACCCUGUGGAAAUAUGAGAUAUUGUCAAAAUGUUUCUAAAUGAGCACUGAUGGAGUACUGCAGAGAAAAUUUACUCCUGCCUGGAACUGGAGGGUUUUUAUGGGUCUGUAAUUUUCCCACACUCAUUGCUGAAGGCUUAAUUAAGUACUUCAAAAAUGUAUCUCUAUUGUUUUACCUUCUUUUGAGGGGAAAGGUUCUGUUAACUAGCUCUGAGUUGUCCACCCCAAACAAUCUCUGUCAUUUUCAAAGACACAAAAUGGUGUUAUUUAAUUGUCUGCACCCUCAUCACACAUAGGGAUGCCUAAUAAUAGCAACCUUGUCUCCCUCUUCUCUCCUUUGCAAAUGGCUCAGUGGCUAGAAGAGGCGGACUAAUAGCUGGAGUUAAAUAUAAAUACAGAUUAAUAAUACAUGGAGAACAGCAGUACCAGAAAAGAAGAAUUCUGUGAAAAAUUGAUAGCUCCUUCACUCUUUAGGUUGCAGCUGUCUGUGAUAUCAUUGUUUUAUUUGGAAAAUAAAAUAGGUAUGGUAAAAUCUAAGAUCUCCACAAGGGCAGUAAGAGAUUUAUAGCCUCUUGGUUGUGUUUUUUUUUUUGUUUUUUUUUGUUUUUUUUUAGGAAAAGUCAACUCCUGAAGUGUCCCUUAUCUAUAGUCAGAAAACUAAGAAUAUUAUUCUUGUGUCAACAAUAUAUUUAUGGAGAGAAGUAAAAAUAAGUUCCACAGCAACACAUUUACAUGAAUUAUGAACUAGGAUUCUUGGAUUUCAUAAUCACUCCAAGGCUUUUUGGGGGUGGCGUGUGUGUGCGUGUGUGUAUGCAUAAUUGUUCAUCAUUACUUUUUUUUUAACCCAUCUUUUUUGCUUAACUCUCUCUGUACUAAGUUCUUUAGUAUAUAAAUUAGUUUCUUAAAAUUAAUUGAUUUAACACUUUUAUCACCCGUAUUUUUUGUCUGGCUCUGGUGCAGUUCUCCACACAUGUGAAUGCUCACAUUAAAAAACGAUAAUAAUAAAUGUGUAGUUUCAGCUUCUCAU